AUGACGAGCAACAGCCACAGCUUCACACUCAGCACACUUCCCAAUGAACUUCUUUAUCGUAUUUUAGGCAUCUUGGACAAUCAAACCAUUCUAUUCUCAUUUAGGCUUACAUGCAGACGAUUCUAUUCAAUUGCUCAAACCUACAAUCACUAUCAACUUGAUUUUCGAUCUGUGUCUAAACCAAACUUUCGUUCAAUAUGUCGCUCGAUUCAUCCUGGACAUAUCGUCUCAUUAACUUUGUCCAACGAAAAUCAAACUGUGGAUCAAAUCAAAUGUUUUCUCUCUUCGUUUCCAUUCCAACAAAUGACACGAUUACGAUCACUGAUACUCUUAAAGAUCGAUUAUCAGGAUUUUCACACCAUCUUGCAGGCUCUAAGCACGCUUUCAUCUCUAUCAGUCACCUUUUCAAACAGUAAUUUUCAAAAUUUCGAAACAUUGUCGUUACUCUCUUCCAUUAUUUCCGGUCCAAAGCUUCGCUCGCUAACGUUUGAUCUUUCUACUGAUAAUAUCAACCAAAUAUCAUGGUCAAAAGAGUGCCUGCUUCAAUCUUUAACAAUGUCUCAAAGCAUAGGUUUCACACAGCUUUGUACAAUCCUCUCAAGCGCAUUACAAUUGAAGAAAAUCGUCCUUCAAGAUUGUAUCGUUGCAAUCAAUCGUGAUACCGACUUGUCAAUGGCGUACACACAAUUAAUUUCACUCACAUUAAAUGAUAGUGAAUUGGAUAUGAAUGGCUGUGAAUCAUUAUUGUCAGUAGUACCUUCAUUAGAACAUUUCCGUAUCAUUGGAGGUUCGCAGUUAUGUGAUGGUUUGUUCUGGGAGAAUUUGAUUAAAAAAAACCUACUUAAAUUAACUAAAUUUGAGUUUGGGCUACCCGGUGAGGCGCCACUUCUUCUGAAUGAUUCGAGUGAAAUUCAAAAAUUGAUCGCAUCCUUUCGAACGGCAUUCUGGCUUGAAGUUAAGCAAUGGUUUGUAACUUGUUACUAUUUCAAGAGCUCUUCGAGUUACUGUCUGUAUUCGUUACCUAUAUGCAAAUCAAAUGUGAAAUUAUUUGCAAACAAAGAUAAGCUUUCCUAUUCGACCUAUUCGUAUUUUUCCCAGGACAUAUCAAUGACCGACAAUAUUAACGAAAUGCAACUGAAUUUAACAAAGCUCAUGGCUGGCGAUAAGGACGACGGUAAUCAAGCGGCAAUCUAUCCAUAUUUUCGGAAUCUUACUAAACUGUUGAUCGACAUCGAUGAUGAAUGGCCGAUGAAUUCUGUUGAAUUUCUCUCCUCGUUCAUUAAUCUAUCACACAUUGUUAACUUGACUAUUAGGCUCAAUUUAAGUAUCAAAUAUGAUUUCGAUCAACUUCUUCAUAUCACGCACUUCUUCGACCAGACGUCACAUCUACAAUCCCUAGUAAUCGAUAACUCGGAAAUCAGUGCCGAAACUAUCUGUUCAUUAGUACCACAUCAUGUCAGACAUUUCCAAGUGACGACGAACAGUAUUCAGGAUAUGAAACUGCUUAUUGAACAAAUGGUAUAUUUAUGGAGUAUUACAUUUGAAGCUUUUAGUGCAGAAGAUCUAAAGAUAGAUUUAUCGAAUUGGUUGGCAGAGACAAGGCCGAGUUCAACAUUAAAGUAUGAAAAUUCAGUAUUGAGCAUUUGGCUAGAUCGAGCAACUACUUCUACAAACAGACAAUAA